AGCAGAGCGGGUGGAAUAGCGACAGACCUCACAGGGAAUAAGAGCUGCUGAACUCGCCGACUCAAAGACUGAAGUUAUGAGUUUAAUAUGGCUGAUAAGGGUCCGUUUUUAACGUCAUGUAUUAUUUUCUAUUUGUCGAUCGGGGCCGCGAUAUUCCAGAUUCUCGAGGAGCCAAACUGGAAAUCAGCCAGAGAGGAAUAUAUCCUACAGAAGGAAAGGAUUUUGAGGAACUAUGGCUGCUUGACAAAAGAAAGUCUGGAUGAGAUUAUACAGGUUGUGUCAGAUGCUGCGGGCCAAGGUGUGACCAUCACCGGGGAGAAACAUCUCAACACGUGGGACUGGGGGAACUCUGUCAUCUUUGCCGCCACUAUUGUCACCACUAUAGGUUAUGGUAAUGUUGCUCCGAAGACUAAAGGUGGUCGUGUGUUCUGCAUCCUGUACGGUCUGUGUGGGAUCCCCCUGUGUCUGGUAUGGAUAAGCGAGCUGGGUUCGUUCUUCGGAGACCGGGCCAAACGUUUGUCCCAGGUUAUGAUCCGUAAAGGCAUUUCAGUGAAAAAGGUCCAGUUAACCUGUACAGUCUUAUUCCUGUUAUGGGGGCUGAUUGUGCACCUGGUGAUCCCUCCAUUUAUUUUCAUGUCUCUGGAGGGGUGGAGCUACUUAGAAGGCCUCUACUUCUCUUUCAUCACUCUCACUACAGUUGGUUUUGGAGAUUAUGUGGCAGGAGUAAAUCCAAACAUGGACUACCCCAGACUGUACAGAGUGUUUGCAGAGUUAUGGAUCUACAUGGGCCUGGCCUGGCUGUCUCUGUUCUUCAGCUGGAACGUCCACAUGGUGGUGAAAGCUCACAAGGUGCUAAAGAAAAGAAGACACAGGCACAGACGCUUCUACGACGAGGAACCCCCGCCGGAAGAGGAGAAGCACAGCCCAGGAAUAAAGCCAGACGUCAUCGACAUCUUCAACUUCCUAUCAGAGAAGGACGACGACGACUACGGCACUGUCAUCAAGGAAAUAGGAACCACAGCAAGUAGAAAGCCUGCAGACAACAUAAAUCGCUCCAAGAGCUGCAGUGACAUCUUGGUCACUAACAUCCAGACCCUGGAUCGCUCGCCGCGGCACAGACGCAUGAUCAGCAUCAGUGAAGUGUUCAUGAACGCAGAGGCUAUCGUGCACGAAGAUGAACACAAGGUGCAUCCUCUGAGUCCUCUAAUAAAAGAAAGCAGCGAAGACCCUGAACCUGCAGAGUGCGUGAAGACGGACAAAGAGGAAAACAAGGACAGUCCUGAAUCUGAUUCAGAGACUGCGGGUAUCACCUUCACUGUACCUCCUGAGAAUGCUACAGAGGAGGAAAGGGUACAGCAUCCUGAUGGUGGUGGAGGGACUAGAUUUACAAUAUCAAAGGUUGUAGAGGAAGAUUUGUUAGUUGAUAAGGAUGAAAAAGGGUAAAAGAUCUUCUCUAAAAGUCCUUUACUUUUACCAGAAAUGUGGAAAUAGUGUUAUGUGAAGGAGUUU